AUGGACACAGGAUGUGUGCCGGGGACUCCCGAAAAGGAAAACUCGGCUGUGACGUCGUCGCCACCGCCGCCGCCGCCGGGCCCGCGCCGCUGCGUGCGCGCGCGCUCCCCGAGCGUGGAGCCCCGUGCGCGCCGGGGCCGCGGGUGCGCCCGGCUGGGGCGCUGCUCCGUGUGGGCCAGAUACCCAGCCAGGCCUGGAGACAUUGCUGGGGAGGGAGGAGUGAAUAGGAGAGGCGACGGGGAACGCAGCUCCCCGUGUGGGCUGGCCCAAAUUCCUGCCCCCCACCAUUCACCUCCAACAGUCACAGGCAUACGCAAUGGGCCGUUACCUCUGGAGGAACACUGUGGGUCACAUCAGACACGUGCUGAGGAGGAGAGCAUCCCUUGGGAGCCAGCGCAGAAACUGGUGGCAGUGGUGGUGGUGGUGGUGUGUGACCUUGGGGAGGUAUUGGAGGUUAAGGAACUGCUGUGGUUUGUUGGAAUGUGUCGAGUCCUUACCAGAUUUUGUUUACUAUUGUUUAGCCAUAGGGAAUGUGUUACUACUUCAUUUAAAUCUGGUUUUGAUUUUCAGGUUGUUCCAUUGACCCGUCAUGUAUGGCAACAGCCGUUAUAUCAAGACAAUAGCGGAACACAGAUUUCUGAUACUAACAUGGGCUCUUUGAAAAAAACAGCUCAGUGGGGUUCUGGGGAUGAUCAGAGAACAGAAUCUUGGCAUCUUCUUCCUCAAGAAACGGAUUCUUCCCACACCUUGGAUACAACCCAGACCAGGUUUAGUGUGAGAGAGGAAGGGACUGAAGUGACAGACUUUCCCUCUCUUGAGGAAGGUACACUGACCCAAUCAGAAAAUCAAGUGAAGGAGCACGACAGAGAUCUGCUAUGUUCGCCAUUGCUAGUCAUACAAGACAGUUUUGCUUCUCCUGAUUUGCCUUUGUUGACAUGUUUGACAAAAGAUCCAGAGUUUGGGCCUGAUUCCUUAUUUCACCAAAGUGAACUAGACUUUGCACCUCUGAGGGAAAUUCCUGGUAAGCCUGAAGACACUGAAUGGUUUUCUCGACCAUCGGAAGUUAGUGAAGCUUUAUUCCAGGCAGCCUCAGAUGUAGCUUCAGACUUAGAGGGCCUGCAGGGGAAGGCUGAAUCUGACAUCUAUACUCUGGAUGAUGAUACUGAAUGCUGUAGCCUAGAUGAAAAUGCUGUUGAAUGCAGCGAAAGAGUUGCUGGACUACAAAGAGAGAUAUGUGACCAAGGUGACUUGCGCGGUGAGUGCAUUGAGCUAGCAGGUUUAGAGACUUUGCUUGAUGAUCUAGAGAUUUGUGACAGCUCCCUGCACUGGCAGUCUACGGUACAGCUACCAUCCAAGGAAGAGAGUGAAUCUGAGGAGCCUGUAGAUCAUUCUAAUGUGGACAUUAAUCAAUCUUUUUCAUCUGUAUCACCUCCAUUUGUUCCUCAUAAGCCAACUAGAGAGUUGGAGUAUCACUCUUCAGAUCUCAGAAUGUUGAGGGUGUCUCCUGACACUGUGCCAAGGACUCUCAAACAUUUAACAGGAGAUACUUCCAAAGGAGGCAUAGCUGAAAUUCCUCAACCCAACUUGAAACCAGGUAUCACUACCACUCCUGAAGAUUCAGACAUUGGAUCUCAUUUAUCCUUGUCCCCUGAAGACUUUCCUCGGUUGGCUGUAAGGUCUCCUCAAGUGAAGACUAUUGGUCAGUAUACUGAUAUUCUCAACCAACAGGCAUUGGCAGAUGGUCAUCUAAUUGAAGAGACUCUAAAAGUUUCAGCAGUUCCUGAACUAGCUGACCAGAAGACUGGUAUAGCAUCAUUGCCCUUUAGUUCCUCCUCACAAAGAGGGAAGCCAAGUAUUUUCUACCCACAGGCCUUGACAGACAAUCAUCUAACUGCAGAGGCUCUAAAAGUUUCAACUGUUCCUGGACUUGGUGAUCAGAAGACUGGCAUACCUACAGUCCCUCCAAGUUCCUACUCACUUGGAGAGAAGCCUGGUAUUUUCUACCAACCUGCCUUGCCAGGCAGUCAUCCAUCUGAAGAGGCUCUGAAAGUUUCAGCUUCUCCUAGACCAGCUGACCAGAAGACUGGGAUACCUGCUACAUCCCCUACUUCUUACUUACAUGGAGAGAAGCCCAGUAUUUUCUAUCAGAAGACAUUGCCAGAAAGUCAUCUGACCAAACAGGCACUGAAAGUUUCAGCAGCUCCUGGGUCCCCUGAGCAGAAGACUGGGAUUCCUACAGUAACUUCUACUUCUUACCCAUACAGAGAGAAGCCCAGUAUUUUGUACCAACAAGAGUUGCCAGACAGUCAUCCAAUUCAACAGGUGAAACAAGAUUCAGCAGCUUCUGGGCCCCUUGAGCAGAAGACUGGGACAUCAACAGUCCCCUCUACUUCUUAUUCAUAUAGAGAGAAGCCCAGUAUUUUGUACCAGCAAGAGUUGCCAGACAGUCAUCUCAUUGAACAGGCUCAGAAAGUUUCAGCUGCGCCUGGGCCCCCUGAGCAGAAGACUGGGAUUCCUACAGUAACUUCUACUUCUUACGCAUAUAGAGGGAAGCCCAGUAUUUUGUACCAACAAGAGUUGCCAGACAGUCAUCUCAUUGAACAGGUUCAGAAAGUUUCAGCUGCCCCUGUAUUCGCUGAGCAGAAGACUGGGAUAUCAACAGUCCCCUCUACUUCUUAUUCACAUAGAGAGAAGCCCAGUAUUUUGUACCAACAAGAGUUGCCAGAUAGUCAUCUAACUAAAGAGGCUCAGAGGGUUCCAGGUACUCCUGGACUAGGUCACCAGAAGACUGGGGUACCAAUAGCCCCCCCUGCUUUCUUCUCACAUAGAGGGAAGACCAGUUUUUCCUAUCAGCAGGAGUUGCCAGACAGUCACCUAAAGGAUCAGACUCAGAAGAUUUCAGCUAUUCUUGGACCAGUUGACCCGGACACUGGACUGCAGACAGUACCCUCUAGUUCCUACGCACAUCGGGAGAAGCCCAUUAUUUUUUACCAGCAGAAGUUGCCAGACAGUCAUCUAACUGAAGAGGCUCUGAAAGAUUCAGCUGUUGCUGGACCAGCUGACCAGAAGACUGGAACAUCAGAAUCUUCUAGGUCCUACUCACAUAGAGAAAAAUCCAGUAUUUUCUACCAACAAGAGUUGCCAGACAGUCAUCCUACUGAAGAGGCUCUGAAAGUUUCAGGUAUUUCUGAAACAGGUGACCAGAAGACUGGGAUACCUACAGUAACCUCUACUUCCUACUCACAUAAAGAGAAGCCCAUUAUUUUCUACCAUCAGGCCUUGCCAGACAGUCAGCUAACUGUAGAGGCUCUGAAAGUUUCAGGUGUUCCUGGACCAGCUGACCAGAAGACUGGGAUGUCUACAAUACCAUCUAGUUCCUCUUCAUAUAGAGAGAAGCCCAUCAUUUCUUAUCAGCAAGAGUUCCCAGAUCUUACUCAAGUGGCUUUAAAAGUUUUAGAGGUUCCUGGACCAGCUGACCAGAAGAUUGGGAUUCCAGCAGUAACCUCCACUUACUCACGUGGAGAAAAGCCCAUCAUUUCUUAUGAGCAAGAGUUGCCAGAUUCUAAUAAAGAUGCUUUAGAACUUCUAGGGGUUCCUGGACAAGCAGACCAGAACACUGGUAUGCAAACUGUGCCCCCUACUUCCUAUUCACAUAGAGAGAGCCCCGUGUUUUCUUACCAGAAGGAGUUGCCAGAUAUUACUGAAGAAACUUUGAAAGUUUCAGCUGUUCCUGGACCAUCUGACCAGAAGACUGGGAUACGAACAAGCCCCUCUAGUUCUUACUCAUAUAGAGAGAAGCCUGAUGGUUUUUACCAGCAGGAGCUGCCAAAUCUUACUGAAGAAGCUUUGAAAGUUUUUGCUCUCCCUGGACCAGCUGACCAGAACACUGAGAUACCAACAGGACCUUCUAGUUCUUUCUCACAUAAAGAGAAACUCAAGAUUUCAACUGUGAUUUUACCAGAUGACCAGAAGACUGAGUUACCGUUAGCUCCAACGAGUUCCUACUCACAUAGAGAGAAGCCCAAGACUUCAGCUGUGAUUGGGCUGGACAGCAAGAAGACUCCAUUACUGACAGUUUUUUGUAAUUCUUAUUCUCAGAGAGUAAAGCCCAGUAUUUUCUUCCGACAGCAGUUGCCAGACAGACAUCAGAGUGAAGAUAUCCUGAAGAUUUCACCUGUCCCUGAACCAACUGAUGUGAAUCCUGGAAUAGCAAUACCUCUUUCUAGUUCCUAUUCACACAGAGAGAAAUCUGAUAUUUUCUACCCACAGGAAUUGCCAGACCAACAUCAAACUGAAGAUACGUUAAAGGUUUCAACAGUUCCUGGACCAGCUGACCAAAAAAUUGUGUUACCAUCAGUUCCUCCUAGUUCCUUUUCACACAGGGAGAAACCAGUUAUAUUCUACCAACAGGAUUUACCAGAAAGACAUCUAACUGAAGAUGAUCCAAAGUCCUCUAGUAGUCUUGGGCAAGCUGAUCAGAUUACUGGGUUAUUAACAGUUCCCCCUGAUAGUUAUUCAUAUAGUGAGAAGCACAAACUUGUUUCAGACCAUGUCCAAAGGCUAAUAGAUAAUUUGGAAUCUUCUAACUCCAGUGUUAUCUCAAGCAAUAUGCCUUUAAAUUCUCAGGCUGAUAGUAGAAUUGUAAUAAAUAAGCCAGAAUCUUCAGGUUUUGAAGAUGCUGGCACCGAAGAAAUCCGGGGUAUGGACAAUGGUUCCAAAACUCUUAAAGAGAUUCGGACACUUCUAAUGGAAGCAGAAAAUAUAGCACUGAGACGAUAUAAUUUUCCUGUUCCCCUUGUCCCUUUCAGAGAUGUUAGUGAUAUUUCUUUUAUACAAUCUAAGAAGGUGGUUUGCUUCAAAGAACCCCCCACAACUGAUGAAUCUAAUGGUGAUUUGUCUCACAGACAGCCAUUUACAGAAGAAAGCCCAAAUAACAAGUGCAUGCAGAAGGAUAUUAGCACACAGACGAAUCUGAAAUGCCAGAGAGGUAUUGAAAAUUGGGAGUUUAUUAGUUCAACUGCGGUCCGAAGUCCUGUACAGGAAGCAGAAGGCAAAGCCAGAGUGACGUUAGAUGAAACUCUUAGGCAAUAUAAAGCAGCCAAAUCUGUAAUGAGGUCUGAACCUGAAGGGUAUAGUGGAACCAUUGGGAAUAAAAUUGUUAUCCCUAUGAUGACUAUCAUUAAAAGUGAUUCAAGUAGUGAUGCCAGUUCCUGCUCAUGGGACAGUAAUUCCCUAGAGUCAGUUUCUGAUGUUCUAAACUUCCUUCCACGUGCUUCACCCAAGACGAGCGUGACAGACAGCAGAGAGGAAGAGGGUGUGUUAGAGAGCGAUGAUGGUGGUGGUAGCAGUGUAGAUUCACUGGCUGCACAUGUGAAAAACCUUCUGAAAUGUGAAUCCUCACUGAACCAUGCUAAACAAAUACUCAGAAACGCAGAGGAAGAGGAAUCUCGGGUACGAGCGCGAGCCUGGAAUCUGAAGUUUAAUAUGGCUCAUGACUGUGGCUACUCCAUUUCAGAAUUAAACGAAGAUGACAGGAGAAAAGUAGAAGAGAUCAAAGCAAAGUUGUUUGGUCAUGGGAGAACAACUGACUUGUCCAAGGGUUUACAGAGUCCACGGGGAAUAGGAUGCAAGUCAGAAGCUGUAUGUAGUCACAUUAUUAUUGAGAGCCAUGAAAAAGGAUGUUUCCGGACUCUAACUGCUGAACAACCACAAUUGGACAGCCACCCUUAUGUUUUCAGACCUGCUGAAUCCUCAGAAAUGAUCAGAAGAAGACAGUGGAGCCCAUCAUCGUGGAGGACCAGGCACAUUAACCUCUCCAAGUCAAGUGUAGACCAGAGCAACUCCCACUUCAGAGUUUGGAAUUCCUCGCAGUUACAAAGUCAUUCCCCAUUUCAACACUUUACAGCUAAUGACUUGAAAAUUAGCGAGGGUCUUCGAAUGCCAUUCCGUGAAAAUUUGGAUCCUUGGCUAUCAGAAUUAGUAGAACCUACUUGUAUGCCACCUGAAGAAAUGGAUUAUCAUUCUUCACCACAGGCGCUGCCCCCAGAACCCAUGAAAAAGUUUACUACCUCCAUCACUUUCUCAUCUCACCGACAUUCUAAUUGUUUUUCAGAUUCCUCUUUUCUUAAGGUUGGUGUUACUGAAGGUAGCCAGUGUACUGGAGGAUCUGUGGGGGUAUUUAAUUCCCAUUUCACUGAAGAGCAAAAUCCUCCUAGAGAUCUAAAACAGAAAACCUCUUCCCCUUCAUCAUGUAAAAUCAUUAGUCAGUCACCAGGUAAAGCUGUGACUAUUUUAACAGAAAGUAGUAGGCAAAGCCAAAAAUUAUCUGUUGAACAUUCUCACCAAGAAGUAAAACUCUUAGAAAGAUCAGAUUUUAAAGACAGUCAUUCUAAGCCCAGUAGCAGUGCAAAUGGUAGCAAUUUCAAGGAAGUUCAUUCUUCUGAUAACCCUACCCUUGUUAGCAUGAGCAGACCAAGUUCCACACUAGGAACAAAAGAGAAGAAUGUAACUAUUACUCCAGAUCUUCCUUCGCACACUUUUCUUGAACAGCAAGAGUUCUUUGAACAAAGCAGAGCCCCACAUGCAGAUCACCAUGUGAGAAAACAAUCUCCCCCUCCUCAACAUCAGGAUUACAUAGCUCCAAAGCUUCCUUGUCGUAUUUUUCUUGAAAAGCGAGAACUCUCUGAACAGAGGAAAGCCCCACAUGUAGAUCAUCAGGUGAGAGAAAACCACUCUCCCCUUCCUCAAAGGCAGGAUUAUAUAGCUCCAGAUCUUCCUUCUUCCAUUUUUCUUGAGCAGCGCCAGCUAUUUGAACAAAGCAAAGCCCCAGAUGUAGAUCCCAUGAAAAAACACCAUGCCCCUCUUGCUCAAGGUCAGGAUUAUGUAGUAGAAAAGAAUAAUCAGCAGAAACCUAAAUUACAUGUUUCUGAUAUGAUAAAUGUUGAAGCCAAAUCCAAUAAUGUGGUCUCCCCGUCAGUCCCAGAUCAGUGUACAGUAAUAACAUCCACAUUUAUUCCACCUUCAAAUAGAAAAGCACUUUCUUACGUUCGUAUAACUCUUUGUCCCAAGACUCCUUCCAAGCUGGAUAGUGGAAUCUUAGAUAAAAGAUUUCAUUCAUUGGAUCCUGCCUCUAAAACAAGAAUGAAUAGUGAGUUUAACUCUGACCUACAAACUGUAUCUUCAAGAUCAUUGGAACCAACCUCCAAAUUAUUGACCAGUAAACCUAUAGCACAGGAUCAAGAAUCUUUAGGUUUUCUAGGACCUAAAUCUUCACCGGACUUCCAAGUCGUACAGUCUCCUCUUCCAGAUAGUAAUAUUAUUACUCAGGACUUGAAAACCAUACCUUUUCAGAACAGCCAGAUAGUAACCUCAAGGCAAACACAAGUGAACAUUUCAGAUUUGGAAGGAUAUUCCAGUCCAGAAGGGACUCCAGUAUCUGCAGAUCGAUCAUCACGGGAGAUUAAGGCCCCAGUUUCUUCCUUCUCUGGAAAAAUGUCUUCUGAUGCAGUUACUCAGAUAACAACAGAAAGUCCAGGAAAAGCCAUAUUUUCAUCUGAGAUUUUUGUUAAUGCUAAAGACCGUGGACAUCAAAUUCCAGAGACCAGUACGCAGAAGCUGGGCAAUGUUCCUGUCAGGUUUGCUUCAUCAUCUUCAGUACAACAGAUUACUGUUUCUCAUGGCACUAAUGACCAACCUUCACUGUUGCCAUAUAAGCCUUCUGGUACUAUGAAGAUGUACUAUGUUCCACAAUUGAAAGAAAUUCCUUCUUUGUCUCUGGAUUCCAAAUCAGACACCACCAUUGAGAGCUCACACUCAGGAUCUAAUGAUGCCAUUGCUCCAGACUUCCCGGCUCAGGUGCUAGGCACAAGGAAUGAUGACCUGGCAGACACUGUUAACAUUAAACAUAAAGAGGGGAUCUACAGUAAGAGAGUGGUUUCUAAAGCACCCUCGUCAGUGGGGAAAAAACCCUUUCAGAAAGAUCAUGCAGAUGCUCAAGUUCAAGUUCUCAUCACGUCAGAUGAGAACCUCUCAGAGAAAAACCAGGAAAAGGAGAUCUACAGUAAGAGGGUAGUGACCGAGGCUGUCCGACCUGAAGAAGAAUCAUCCUUGCAGAAAAACACUACAGUUUCCAGUGAUGCUACUGUCUCAGAGCUCUCAGCUCAAUUACAAGACAUGAAGACUGGUAACAUACCAGACACCAAAGCCAUUGAACAGAAAGAGGAGAUCCAAAGUAAGAGGACAGUUCCUAAGGAAGCCUGGCCAAAAGAGUCCAGACGUCAUUCAGAGUAUGAAAAUACUACCCAUUCUGUCUUCAAGUCAGCUAAGUUUUACUUUCAUCAUCCAGUGCACCUACCAAGUGAUCAAGAUUUUUGCCAUGAAUCCUUAGGAAGGAGUGUUUUCAUGAGACAUUCUUGGAAAGAUUUAUUUCAGCAUCAUUCAGACAAACAAAGGGAACACACUUAUCUUCCUCCCCCUUAUCAAAAUGUGGAAAAGACAAAGACAGAUUAUACCAGAGUAGAGAGCCUCAGUAUCAAUGUAAACUUGGAAAACAAAGAAGUGAAGCAUACUACUAAAAGUCAGGCUAGAGAUUAUCCAAAAAGUGACAAGCAAGUUGGUGAUCCAAAAGAGGAUGAUAAGGCCAGCCCACAGCUAACCACUCAGCGCCCUGUGAGUUUGAAUGAACUCUGGAACAAGUUUCAGGAGCGACAGAGGCAACAGAAACCUCCUGCCAGUGGCAAGAAAGAACUCUCGUUGGUGGAACGACUUGAUCGUUUGGCUAAGCUUCUUCAGCAUCCCAUCACAUACUCUCUCCAGCCCUCAGAAAGUACACAGGAUGAGAGCAGAGAGGAACAAGAUGUUAAGGGAUGGACUGGUAGACAGCAACAGCAGAAACACAAGCUUCAGAAAAAGAAACGGUAUAAAAGCCUGGAGAAAUGCCAUAAAAACACAGGUGAUCUUAAAAGAAGCAAGGUGCUUUCUACCCAUCAAGCUGAGAGGUCCAAUCAGAUUAAAAUUGAACAGAUUAAAUUUGAUAAAUAUAUUCUGAGAAAACAGCCAGGUUUUCAUUGUAAUUUAAAUAACACUUCUUCAGAUUCUAGACCCUCGGAGGAGAGUGAUCUGUUCACAGAUACCACCACCAACAUCCUUUCCACCACCACUUCUCCUGUGGAAUCAGAUAUAUUGACCCAAACAGAUAAGGAGUUGGCUUUGCAUGAGAGGAGCAGCUCUGUUUCCACCAUUGACACUGCCCGAUUGAUCCAUGCUUUUGGCCAUGAAAGAGUUUGUCUGUCACCCAGGCGAACUAAACUAUACAGCAGCAUCACUGACCAUCAGAGGAGAUACCUUGAGAAGCACAGCAAGAAAUACAAGAAAGCACUGAAUACAGGUUAUCCCCAAAUUACUUCCGAGCACACCAGAAGGAAGCACAUCCAGGUGACAGACCAUAUUUCUUCUGACUCUGUUUCAUCUUCUACCAGUAGUUUCUGGAACUCGACCUCUACCUUUUGCAUCAAGCAAAAUGUACAUAUGUUAAACAAGGGUGUCCAAGCAGAAGAAUUAAGGAAGAACAAGCAGAGUUGCUGUGAAGGAGUUUCAUGGUUUGUUCCUGUGGAAAAUGUGAAGUCUGUUCCUAAGAAGGAAAACCUGCCCAUGCUUCACGGCCCUGGUGUCGCCUGGUUUGCACCCAUCACCAGUACCAAACCCUGGAGGGAGCCACUACGGGAGCAGAACUGGCAGGGACAGCCCAUGGACAGCCCCAGCUCACUAGCAGGCCUGGGCAGAGAGCCACCGAAGCCAUUUGUGAGAGUGACCCUGCAGGAAUCACUUCACCUUCACAGACCUGACUUCAUCUCCCGCUCCGGGGAACGGAUAAAGCGCCUGAAGUUAAUAGUCCAGGAGAGGAAGAUGCAGAACAUGCUGCAGAGCGAGCGGGACGCACUGUUCAACACUGGGCGGGAAUGGCAGGGCUGCCGGGGCCCCGUGCACCCCCUGCUCCCUAAGAGAGGCUUCCUGGCUGCCCAAAAGAAAAGGCCUAUUGGAAAGAAGGAAAUGAUUCAGAGAUCUAAACGGAUUUAUGAGCAGCUUCCAGAAGUCCAGAAAAAGAGAGAAGAGGAAAAGAGGAGAUCGGAAUAUAAGUCAUACCGGCUGCGAGCCCAGCUGUACAAGAAGAAAGUGGCCAAUCAACUCUUGGGGAGAAAAGUUCCUUGGGACUGACAUCAUACGAGUAUUUUCCUCAGAGCCUUGGAAUUAUAUUUUAUCAGCCUGGAGGAGCACAGUCUUUACUUUUAUGAGUCUGGUUUAAUAAAACUUAGCCUGUUGUCCAUGUGUAA